AUGAGUAGUCUACUAAGAUGCAAUAGAUUGGGAUCAAAGGGGAGAUUUUUCCCCAGUAAACAGUUCUCCACCCUUACAAAAAUAUCACAACAAGUGGCCCAGGAAAAGGAAUCAAAAUUAACCGAAGUAUCGCAGCGUGAGGCCAAGGCCAAAGCUGAAAAGGAAGCAUUGCUUAAGGGGAAGAAAUUCGUCAAUUUCAACGGUUCUCAACAGGAUUUUCUUAAUAAAGUGAUAAGAGUGGAUCAAGCUGGAGAAUUGGGGGCCAAUUACAUUUACCAAGGUCAAAUGUUUGCAUUGGUUGCCAAAUAUCCCCAUUUAAGACCAGUGUUGAAGCACAUGUGGGAACAGGAGGUGUAUCAUCAUAAUACUUUUAAUGCUUUACAGGUACGUCACAGGGUUAGACCUUCUUUGUUGACGCCGAUUUGGAAAGUGGGAGCCAUGGGGAUUGGGUUUGUGACCGGGGCGAUUUCCAAAGAAGCUGCUAUGGCAUGUACCGUGGCGGUCGAGACGGUUAUCGGAGGUCAUUAUAAUGAACAAUUGAGAACAUUAAUGAAUGAUUAUGGCAAUAUUGAUCUUAAGGAUAUGGCCGCAGGUGGGGCGAUCAUCGAGAACCAAGGGGGUUUAGUAAGUGACGAGCUUGAACGGUUGAAAGCAACAAUCAAGGAGUUCAGAGACCAAGAAUUGGAACAUUUGGAUACUGCUAUUGAACAUGAUGCCGAAAGCGCAGUGCCAUACAAGGUGAUCACCGAAGUCAUCAAGGCAAUCUGCCGAGUGUCUAUCUGGACUGCGGAGAAACUUUAG